AUGGCCGCGUCUCUCUUCCCGCAGUUCGGCAACGUCUUCGGCACGCCCAGCUCAGCCGGUCGUAACGAGCUCGUGUCCUUCCACGCUGGCAAAAUGACCGUCAAGGCCGCCGCAAACGGCAAGUUCCUCGUGACGCCGCAGCUGGAGAAGGGCAAAGUCUGUCUCUCACGUGGUGACGACCAGCUGCUUCACUUCCAGUGGGUGGACCGCCAGACGGGAGCCAGUCCCGAGGACUUUAUCAUCUUCCCGGACGACGCGCACUUUGAUAAGGUGGACACGGGCCGUCCAGACGAUCGCGUGUACAUUCUGCAGUACAAGAACUCGUCGCGCCGCUUUUUCUUCUGGAUGCAGAACAAGGACGCGUCGCGUGACGAGGAGCUGGUGAAGAAGGUGAAUGACGCCAUGAACAAUGCACAGGCAGCCUCGAGCAACGACGGUGGUCGUGUCUCUGGCAACAACGUGCAGCUAGACCAUAAUGCUAUCAUGCAGAUGCUCGGCGCUAUGAGUGCAGGAGAUCAGGGACGUGGAGGUGUCAGUGGAGGAGGUGUUGGCGGCGGAGGUCAGGCCGUGCAGAUGUCGGAACUGCAAAACAUCCUGCAGAAUAUGGGAUUGCCAGCGGAAGCCCAGUCGACGGCGUCGUCACCAGCAACGUCUGCCGUGUCGUCGUCGCAGGCGUCACAGAAUGGCGGUGGUAUCUCGACGGCGGCGACUACGGCACCCACUCAGCAUGACCAUGAUGUGAGUGGAAUGGAAGUGGACGAGAUGGAUGAAGAUGAGCUCUUGCGUCUGGCUAUUGAGGAGAGCAUGCGUGACGGAGGUAGCACCAACCCGGACGCAUCUGGAGAUGGCGCUGCAGGAGCUCUGUCCGGUGCCGCCGCAGUGUCGGCUCCAGUUCCGCCUGAACCUGUGGCGCUGUCACAGUUUACCCCGACAGCUGCUGUUGCAGCCUCAGCUCCGGCAGGCACCAAUGUCGCGGCUGGUGGAACGCUUACAACGGCAGACCUACAACGCGCAAUGGCUUCUUUCCAAGGGCUCACGCAACCGAAGCCGGUAUCCCUGACGAAGCUCCUCAGUGCUGACAACAUGGAGAGUGUUCUUGAUGAUCCAGCAUGCGUCGACGCCUUGCUACCACACUUGCCCGAGGGUUCCCAAACUCUCGCGGAACUUCGCACAACGUUGCGCUCUCCUCAAUUGCGUCAAAGCAUCGGCUCGCUCGUGAGUGCUCUGCGGAGCGGAAAUUCGGACGCGGUCAUGGCCAAUUUCGGACUGGAUCCUGCGGCAGGUGCUGCAAAACUCGCAUUCGGCGACGGCGUGGGUGCAUUGCUUGCUGCAGUUCAGGCGUGGGCCGACCAGCAAAGCGCCACAGAGUCUUCUCGAGUUGUAAAUGAUCGGAGUGGGGCGGAAAACAUCCGGUUCGCAGCGUCUACAUGA